CCUGUCUCUUCUGACACGGACAGCAAAUGCACAGCGGAACUCUGCAUUCUGUGUAUCUACAAUUACAGGUUAUUUGUGUCUGUGCUGGACCAGGAGGAUCCUCUCCACAACAACAACAACAAUGAACAUCACUGUGGAGGAAAUACAGGCCUUCUAUGGCCGUGAAUCCCACCAGGAGAACAUUAUCUUUUCCACAUUUUACAUCCUGAUUUUCAUCAUCGCCGUGCCUGGGAACUCCCUGGCACUCUGGGCCUUUUUUCAGCAGGACAGCGAUUCGCCAUCUAAGGUAUUCCUGAGGCACCUCUCUGUAGCAGACAUGUCCUACAUCCUCAUUUUACCCAUGCGUAUAGUGUACCACCUGUCUGACAGCCACUGGCCUUUAGGACAUAUUGUCUGUCAGCUAGCAGGCUUCCUCUUUUACUUAAAUAUGUAUUGCAGCCUGUACCUAAUGAGCUUCAUCAGCCUGGACAGAUUUCUGGCGGUGGUUUUUCCUUUAAAGUCACGGUCAUUUAGGAAGGCUGUGUAUGCAAAGGUAGUCAUGGGCAUACUUUGGGCAACACUGAUUCUGUCUAUGAGUCCUGUUCUUUUCUCUAAAAAGAAUCCAGCCACCAAUUCAACUGGCAUCUGCACCAAGCUCUACUUAGAAAAGACAUCUCCCACAGCUUUGGUUUCCACAGUUGUGGCAUUCGUUAUUCCCCUCACCACCAUAGUGGUUUCCUACAUACUCAUCUUGUUGAAACUGAGGACGGUCAAGCAACGGGAAGAGCGGCCGGUGAAAGACAAGGCCAUAAAAAUGAUCAUCCUCAUCCUGAUGAACUUUCUGCUCGCAUUUGUGCCCUACCAUGUGAGUAGGGUAAUCUACAUCACAAGCCACAGUCACGGCCAUCUGACCACAGCGACACACGAGGUGCUGGCAAGGGCCAAUCGGAUCACCUCUGCGCUGACCUGCGUCAGUGGUGUGCUGGAUCCUGUGAUGUACUUCUUCCUGAACCGUGCAUACAGAGACAGACUGCUCCAGCUGUUCUGUAAAGACAGCCAAGGUGAUCAACAAGAAUCAUUGAGCAUGUGUAGAAAAUAAAGUGGGAUGAAUAGUAUCAACUUAAUAAUUCAGCUCCUGGUCCUUCUUGGUAAAUUCCACGUUCACAAACUGAAAUGGAAUGGCUCCAAAGCUUUCGCUCACUGAUUUGCUGUUGAGCUCAAACAGCAUGGCGCUUUUACUGAAUAUGUAAAUAAUAUUAUUCAUGAACUCUGCACUCAUCUGGAUUGUACAAAGUGUUGUCCUUUUUGUUUGACAGUUGUUACUGCACCUCUUUGUAAAUGUAAA